GUUCCCUCCGACGCCUCCUGCAAGCCUCACGGCUGCAGCGGCCGCCGCAGCGGCAGCCGCCUUCGCUAAAGAGCAGGGCACCCGCCGCACUUCCAAGAAGGAGAGCGCCAACCAAAUUCCUGAGAUCAAGAAGAAGAAGGCUCCAGAUGUAAAGAAAGGAUCCAAGGAGUCCAACCUGAGCCCGGUCGGAGUGGGAGCACAGGUGAAGGCUGACAAAGUUUUGCAGCCGCCAUCAGGCGAAUUGACCACCGUCAUGCUCCGUCACAUUCCGAACAGGUACACUUCCACCCAGCUGGUGGAGCUCUUGGACGCCAAGGGUUUCCAGGCGAAGUAUGAUUUCGUGUACCUGCCCAUCGAUUUCCAGAACAAAGUCAACCUCGGGUACUGUUUCGUGAACCUCCUCAGCCAUCAGUGGGCCCUGAAGUUCAAAGAGGAGUUCGAGGGCUUUAAGGCCUGGCUCUUCGACUCGAUCAAGGCCAGCGAAGUGUCAUGG